AAUAUUAUUCCCUUGGAAACGUAAACCUUUGCUGUGGUUCAUUCAGAGACAGUAGAAUUUUGCAAGUUUACGAACAUUGACACUCAGAAAUGAGUGGUUUACCUAGGGAAAUAUUGAAAUGGAUACAAAGCCUGGAUCUGUCUCAUCCCGUUAGAAACACCAGAAGGGAUUUUUCAAAUGGAUAUUUGGUGGCAGAGAUUUUCUCUUGGUAUUAUCCACAAGAAAUUGAAAUGCACUCCUAUGACAAUGGAACUUCAUUGCCAAGCAGACAAGGGAACUGGUCUCAGCUACAAAGGUUUUUUCAGCGGCAUGAAUUUGACAUUCCCAAAGAAGUGAUAGAAGGAACUAUUCACUGCAAGCCCAAUGCAGCAGCUCUGUUAAUGGAAAAGAUAUAUUUUCUUUUGACAAAUAGGAAAAUCAAGAGUUCACCAGCAGAAGAAGAGUAUAACUUUACAGAUAGUAACUACCAAGAACAACUUCCAGCUCAUGCAAGGUCAACAGCUUCAAUGGCCAUCAAAAACAAUAUUGCAAAUACUGAGUUGUCAACAGAUCCUGAUCGCAUUCUUUGUCGACAAAAGGCUCAAGCUAUCAUAAAUGUCCAUUUAGAGCAUAGAAGACAGGAACGAGUCGAAGACCCACAUCGUUUUGGUAUUCGACCAACUCUUGGUCAGUUAUGUCCCAGGAAAGUUCCUCCACCAAACUACAAUGAACCUUUACAAAGACAUCAAAGAGAUACAGCAGGGCAAAAUGAUAAAGGCACUGAAAAUAGCCAACCAGCUAAAUACACAGAAAUACAAGUGAACCAGCUCACAGACACCAGUGAAGGUUUCCUUCCUCCAAUCCACAGUGCUGGAAUGUACUCAGUUGUGCAUUGAUGAAAACAUUGAUUACACUCCGGCCAGUGUAAAUUAAAGAUAUUUAUAUGACAGAGGUUAAUGUUGCUUCAAAACGCUAGAAAGAAUCAUGUUUGUGACUGCAUUGAAUCAGUAUACAAGCAGUGGAACUGAGAAUUAGAUUCAAACUGGACAGUUUUAUACAAUUAACAUUCAUAGCUUUCAGGUGUCAUAAAUACUGUUUAGCAUUUCUGUUGUAUAUACCUCUAUAUAGUGAUGUGUUUCUGCCUCUGUUCAAGAUUAGAUGAAGUGAAGUGAUUAGAUUAUGUGAAGUGUUACCAGUUUACCUUGUGUGCUUUUACCAUAAUGUCCAUGAAACAAAGUUACUGGAAAGCAAUUGUUUUCCUUUUUCAUAUUGUCUUGUGAUUAAAAGUUGAACAAUGCUA